AUGGCUACUCAAACCGUAGUUAGUGCAGAGAUAUCUCGCUCAGGAAGCAGAGAUUUUGAAAAUCCUGAAUUGUCUACUCUAUUCCUCUAUUAUAAUGAAGGGAAACUGGCAAAUAAGACUGAAUUUUCGGACGAAGAAAUCGUUAAUUUGUUCAGUAAAUAUUCUAAAAGUUUCCCAGACAACGAGGGGAUGUACGAGGUCUUCGCCUCGGUUUUCACCUCCAGGAAACUUUAUGAACUUUCUCGUUCAUGCCUUUACACUAGACUUUACUUGCUUAAAAGAGGUUCCAAGGCUUAUAGUGACAGUUUGGAGUCCCUUAAAUUAGUUAACGAAAAGGCGGUUGAGAAUGUUUUAAUUCUGCCAAAAGUGUUUCUAGAUAACCUAUUCUCAAGAGAAUUUUCGGCAAAUUUUAAUAGGUGGAGGUCGAAAAUGGCUUACACAGAGACAUUAAAGACAUCAGCAUAUGAAAGCUAUGAAGAAAACGGAGUUUCAGUUUCAGUUUCAAAGACGACACUGAGGCCUGGAGAACUGAUUCUGAAGUCCACUCCCAUAUCAGUGGCUCCAUGGAAUAUCAUUUAUAACUUCACAACAGAUUGCUUGAUUAAGGGUGAAGCUAGGAAAUAUUGCUGUUUUCACUGUCUAAAAGUGGUGAAUACGUGGUUUCACUCAGUUUCGGAGAUUAGAAUUGCCUGCCCCAAACAUCCUUGUGAGUGCAGUUUUUACUUCUGUUCUAGAGACUGCUUUCUGAGGAACGGAGCAGUUCAUGAACUCGAAUGUGAACAAAUACCAAAACUGCAAAAGUUUUCAGAACAUUUUUUGAAUCCUUCAUUCGUGCUAUUAGUGUCCAGAACACUAAUAAAAUGCAGAUUAAACAUGACUGAUACUUGCAGGGUAUCAGAUUUACAUAGCGAAACUAAGAACAGCAAUGGUUUGAUGGAUUCAAUUCUAAACUACGAAAUUGAGUGUCUGGACUCGAGAGUUUUCCAAAAUGUUAUAGAUGAGAUCAAAAGGUUUGCCUCAUUUCUGUUGGAGGAAUUGGGAUUUGACUUUUGCUUACAUUUAACCACAAGGGAAUUGACUCAUUUUAUUCUAGUUGUCUGGGUAAAUAGUGUACCCUUUACGUCUUUUCUAAACUGUUUAAGUGAAGGGGAACCGGUGAUGGGAGGGACUUUUUUCAGCCUAAACACUCUCAAGUUUAGGCAGUCUGAAACACCAAAUUGCGUUGUGCAUUUUGAUGACUUUGGCAAGUUUACAGUUAGAUCAAUUUAUGAGAUUCCAGAAGGAAAUGAACUCACCAUUAACACCUGUGUUGAUAAGUAUACGCCUAUAUUUAAGCAAUUAGAUAAGUUUUGGUCAGUACAGUUUUUUUUAUCACCCAACCAGAGUUUUAAUUCCAUGAUAGGAGUUUGUUCUGUAAGGUGUAGAAAAUGUAUUCAGUCAUUUUGUUACCCCAAUUACACUAAAUUUGACUCAGAAAUGGAUAACAGUAUCGCUAAGCUAGGUCAAUCUGAGUACGAUUGGAACUGUGAAAAUUGCGGUAAAGUGGAACCUGAAGACUUGGAUUUACUGCAAAAUAAGGCCGAAAGUAUAUUUAAGGAAGCUCAAAAACUUUAUUUAAAGGGUGAGUUCUUAAAAGCAAGGUCGGUUUUGUUGGAUUUUGUGAGCAAAUGGUCUGGAGUCUUACAUUUUGGCCAUUAUUUGCUAUAUAACUCAUACUUACUGCUUUCUGGGAUUCUUAUGAACAGGCCUGGUGGGAACAUUUCAGAAUCUUUAGUUUACAUAAGAAGGGCGAUUGUGGCUGCUGAUAAGUUCCUUCCAAAGGUGUGUCACGAAAGGGCUUACCUUUACGACAGAUUUGGAGAUUAUUUACUCAAACUUAAGACGCAUGUAAGGAUUAAAGGUGCUGAAUACGACAGAGUUAAAUCUGUAAUUAUGAACUCUCUGUAUAACUCGCUGUGGAACUGGGUUUUAAUUUCAGGCACAGACUCAUUUCACUCUGUUACAGCCAUGCAAAAGUGCAGAAGUGUGGCCUUUUCACUUAAUAUUCACACUCCACCAAUUGGUAGAAGAUUUGUAGUGAAUUUACCAAUUAAAUAUGCCCAUUUGGUUAGAUUCGCAACUGGGUAUAAAGUGCUUCCAGAAUCUGAUAUUCAAAUGAGUGACAUUGGAAGUAUGGCUUUUAGUGCAGCUCAGGGUAACGAGUUUAAUGAUGUGAUUGUUGAGGUGUUGACUAGCGUGGAUUCCCUUGGAAUUAGGCAGUUGGGAACAGGCCUAUCAGUACUUGGAAUUGUGGCCUCGAAUUUGAACCUAAACUUCUUCACGUCUCUUCUUAGUUCUUAUUAUAACUUUGUUAAAAGGGGUUUGGACAGUUUGGUAACUGGAAAUUCGUCUAGGGAGGUUGAAAUUAUGAACAUAUUGCAUAGCAUAUUUGGCCCCAACGAAAUUGGUAUAAACCUAUUAAUUAUUCUGGCAAGUUUUACAAACACUAAUGGCGAAUGUGGUGUGGAUAUCAAUGACAAUAACGAAAACGUCAUGGUAAAGCAAUUAUUUGGAUAUUCAGAAAAGUUCAAAAAACUGCUAACAGAUUAUAAAGAUAAGGUUAAACCUGAAAAUGUUAGUAAGGAGUUUUACUCACUACUGUCACGCCAGGAUUUAUUGCAGGUGAAUAGGUGUACCGAUGAGAUUUUAGGGUGUCAAACUCCGUUACAUUAUGCUAGUUUUAGGGGUAAACAUUGCUUAACAGAGUUUUUAUUGAUGAAAGGAGCUCUGGUCAACUGUUUGAACUUGGAUGGUGCAUCUCCAUUACAUUUGGCUGCCUUUAACGGAAACUACUCAGUGGCUAAAACGCUUUUAAACCACAAGCCAAGCGUUUCCGUUAGGCUGAAAUCAGGAGAAAGCCCACUACAUCUGGCAAUUUAUGGAUUACACAAAGAAUUAGUUACACUAUUGUUGGAACAUAUAAACUUAUUACAAUGUGAUAGUGAUAAUGGUGAGGUUGGACCGACAAUUUGGCAUGCACUUGUUUGUGGUAUAUUUCAUCUUAAAUCUAAUUUACAAAGUGGAGAGAAGCCAAUUGACGAGUUAAUUGAAAGAUUAUCUAAGGCAUUUGAUGUGGUAAAAAUAUUACUUAAAUAUAUUGAACUGAAAGGAACAAAGGAGAUUUGGGUUUGGUGUGGUUAUUUACCAUCACAAUUACUUGUCAAGAUUUGGAGUCGUUUGUUUGAAAACCAUUCUCUGUUCUCAUUUCCCAGAAGGCCUCCGUCAGUCUACGUGGUUUCAAAGCUGAAUGGAGUUAUGGAAAAGCACUUGAUGGACCUGUCAAAUCCUAAUUCAGAGGAAGGUGUAGGAAUUUAUGGAUCAUUGAAGGAGUGCAAAUAUGAAGUCAACAACUACAAGGAGCUUAACAGUAGGAAUGAUGCCACUUUCGCAGCGACGAGAACGUUCCAAUUCCUUGUACACAUUCUUAAAAGUUUAGAAGAAAAUUAA